UGGCCGGCGGAUAUGGAUCUGUAUUACAACAUCCUGUCGCCUCCGUCGAGGGCCAUUAUGCUGCUCGGCGAGUCGCUGCAGCUUAAGUUCAACCUCAUCAGCCUCGACGUGCACCGGAAGGACUACGUGAACGCGGAGUUCAAGAAGAUUAACCCACAGCACACGGUGCCUACGCUGGUCGUCGACGGUGUGGCCAUCUGCGAGCCGGGAGCCAUUUUGAUCUACUUGGCCGAGCGGUUUGCCCUCUGUAGCAGUGGCCUUUACCCUCCGACGGACCCCCUCCGCCGAGCCAUCGUGAACCAGAGGCUGUUCUUCGAGUGUGGCACCCUGUACAAGUGUAUCUUCGUGUACUACACGCCGGUGGUGCUGGAGCGGUCCACUCCGAUCGCGGCGGACCGGCAGAAGCUGGAAGAAGCGGUAGCCGUACUGGAGGGCAUUCUACGCGAGAGCGCCUUCCUGGCCGGGGACAUCCUGACCAUUGCCGACUACUCGCUGGUCUGCACGCUGUCCAUGCUGGUGGUGCUAAAGUUCGAUCUCGGCCCGUACGAUCACGUGCGCCGAUGGUACGAACGGUGCAAGGAAGCGAUCGCCGGCUACAGCGAGCUAACGGAGCGUGCCGUGGCCAUGUUCCAAACCUGGCUCGAGGAGGAAACCAAUCAACGGUAG